GCCCAGUCGGAUACAGAAGUGGCAUAUAAAAAGAGUCAUCACAAACGAUUCAAUAUCCUGCAAACUGAUUGACCAAUGGAGCCUAGGGUUGAGGAGGAAGAGAAAGUUGUUAUUACUGGGAAGAAGAAGAAGAAGGGUAAUAAGAAAGGUAAUACAAAGCAUGACGAUGUUGAUAAGUUUGAGGUUGUUCCGGAGAAUGCUUUUGUAGGGAAGAGGAACUCUAAAGGUAAGAAGGGCGAUGUCUCUGUUAACUUUGCCCUGCUUGCUGACGACAAGGAGGCAGCGGAUGAUGAGCCAGCUAUAAGCUUUACAAGUAAGAAGCAUGCUUCUAACAAGGGUAAAAAAGGCUUUGCUUUUUCAGCUUUUGAUGCCCUUGGUGGAGAUGACCAAGGGACAGAUGCUUCAACCUCUGGACCCGGCGAAAUCGAAAUCACGUUUUCAGGUAAGAAAAAAUCUUCGAAAAAGAAGGGCAGCGGUAUCUUGACCUCACUAGGUGAUGAUUCAGUUGCAGACGAAACUAGUCAAGCUAAAACUCCUGUUACUGAGAGUUUAGGGGUUGUAGAAACUGGAAAGAGUAAGAAAAAAAAGAAGAAUAAUAAGAGUGGAAGGACAGUAGAGGAAGAGGAAGAUUUGGACAAACUUCUUGCAGAACUUGGAGGAACCCCUGCUGCUAGCCAAAAAGAGAAAGUUCAAGAUCAGCCGAAGCCAGUUGCACCAAUAGAGAAUGCUGGUGAGAAGGAAGGAGAAGAAGAGACUGUUGCUGAAAGUGCUGCAGCGAAGAAAAAGAAAAAGAAGAAGGAGAAAGACAAGGAAAAAAAAGCAGCAGCCUCUUCUCUAGAUGCUAAGGAGGAAAAACAAGAAGAAUCAAUGACUGAGCCACAACAGCCAAAGAAGAAGGAUGCAAAGGGUAAAGCAGCAGAGAAGAAAAUUCCCAAACAUGUUCGAGAGAUGCAAGAGGCUCUUGCACGGAGGCAAGAAGCCGAAGAGCGAAAAAAGAAGGAAGAAGAAGAGAAAUUGAGAAAGGAGGAAGAGGAACGCCUCAGGCAGGAAGAGCUUGAGGCACAAGCUGAGGAAGCUAAGCGGAAGAGAAAGGAAAAGGAAAAGGAGAAACUGUUGAGGAAGAAGCAAGAGGGCAAGCUUCUAACAGCAAAGCAAAAGAUCGAAGCGCACAAGAGGGAGGCUUUUAAGAAUCAGUUCCUGGCUGCUCCUGGAGGUCUUCCUGUUGCAGAUAAUGAUGGUGAGGCUACUUCCUCAAAGCGUCCCAUUUAUGCCAACAAGAAAAAAUUAUCUCGCCAGAAAGGCAAGGAAAGUUCUGGUCAGGUGGAAGAUGAGGUAAAGCCAAAAGAGAAUCAUGCAGAUGAACCAGUUCCUUCAGGUGAAAUGGUUAAUUUAACAGAGUCAGCAAACACAGACGAAAAAUCAGAACCUGCUCAGGAGAAUGGGAUCAAGGAAGCUGAUGAAGAAGAUGAAUGGGAUACAAAAAUUUUGGAUAAUGUUGAUCUUAACAUCAAAGAUGAUUUUGAAGAGGAAGAAGCUCAGCCUGUGGUUAAGAAAAAAAUAAAGGAUGCUGUAUCAAAGGCCCAUAAUUCAGACUACGAAACUGAAAAACCAACAGCUAAACCAGCAGUGGAAGAUGCUUCCCAGACAAAACGUGCUAAGAAGGGUAAAGGCUUAGCUCCGGGUGAAUUUACUGAAGAAGGUGGAGACAUUCUCCGUUCUAUUAUUUGCUGUAUAAUGGGUCAUGUCGAUACUGGUAAAACAAAGCUGUUGGAUUGCAUCAGAGGAACCAAUGUACAGGAAGGUGAGGCUGGAGGUAUUACUCAGCAGAUUGGUGCAACAUAUAUCCCUGACAAAAACAUCCUAGAUAGGACCAGGGAAUUGAAAGCCGAUGCAAAACUUAAGGUGCCAGGUCUAUUGGUUAUCGAUACACCGGGGCAUGAGUCCUUCUCGAAUCUGCGGUCAAGAGGUUCAAGUUUGUGUGACCUUGCCAUUUUGGCUGUUGACAUAACGCAUGAGUUACAGCCGCAAACCAUAGAGUCUCUAAAUCUUUUGAGAAUGAGAGAUACAAAGUUCAUUGUUGCAUUGAAUAAGGUGGAUAAGCUAUAUGGAUGGAAAAAAUGCAAGAAUUAUCCCAUCUUGAAGGCAAUGAGGGAACAAAGUAAAGAUGUUAAAAAUGAAUUUAACAGGAGGCUGACAGGGAUUAAAAACCAGUUCCAGGAGCAAGGACUCAACACUGAGCUUUAUUACAAGAAUAAAGAAAUGGAAGACACAGUCAGUAUUGUUCCUACUAGUGCUCUUAGUGGGGAAGGGAUCCCAGAUCUCUUGCUGUGGUUGGUUCAGUGGGCUCAGAAUACAAUGGUUGACAAACUUACUUAUGUUAAAGAAGUGCAGUGUACUGUCCUUGAGGUCAAAGUUAUUGAAGGCCAUGGUACAACUAUUGAUGUUGUGUUGGUAAAUGGUGAACUCCAUGAAGGUGAUCAAAUCGUUGUUUGUGGAUUACAGGGACCUAUAGUCACAACGAUUAGAGCAUUACUGACUCCUCAUCCAAUGAAGGAAUCAAGGGUGAAGGGUACAUAUCUGCAUCACAAAGAAAUAAAGGCUGCACGGGGCAUCAAGAUUACUGCCCAGGGACUUGAACACGCAGUUGCUGGUACUUCCCUGCAUGUGGUUGGACCUGAUGAUGACAUGGAUGCAAUUAAGGAGUUGGCUAUGGAAGACAUGGAGUCAAUUUUGAGCAGGAUUGACAAAGGUGGUGAAGGAGUCUGUAUUCAAGCCUCUACAUUAGGGUCAUUAGAAGCAUUGCUUGAAUUCUUGGAGUCCCCAGAUGUAAAAAUACCUGUCAGUGGUAUUGGGAUGGGACCUGUGCAUAAGAAAGAUAUAAUGAAGGCUGGAGUUAUGCUCGAGAGGAGAAAGGAGUUUGCUACGAUUUUGGCUUUUGACGUGAAAGUGACUACAGAGGCUCGUGUGGUUGCUGACGAAAUGGGAGUUAAAAUCUUCUGCGCUGAUAUCAUUUAUCAUCUAUUUGAUCAAUUUAAGGCUUACAUUGAGAAUAUUAGAGAGGAAAAAAAGAAGGAAUUAGCCGAUGAAGCAGUCUUCCCAUGUGUCCUUAAAAUUUUACGCGAGUUCAAUAAGAAAGACCCCAUAAUCCUUGGAGUUAAGGUCGUCGAAGGUAUACUUAAGAUCGGAACCCCUCUUUGCGUCCCCAGCAGAGAGUUCAUAGAUAUUGGCCGCAUUGCCUCUAUUGAGAACAACCACAACCCUGUUGAGUAUGCAGAGAAGGGCAGUGAGGUGGCGAUUAAGAUUGUUGCUUCAAAUCGUGAAGAACAGAAGACGUUUGGAAGGCACUUUGACAAGGAUGAUGAGCUUGUGAGUCACAUUUCGAGGAGAUCUAUCGACAUACUCAAAAGUAGCUACAAGGAUGAAAUGUCGAAAGAGAAAUGGAAACUCCUUGCGAAACUGAAGAAAUUCUUCAAGAUUCCCUGAACAUUCAAAUGUCUACUCACAGGCCUUGUUAUGUCGUGUCUGCUGCAGAACAAGAGAUUCAUCUUCUUGCUUAUUAAUCAAAACAUUUAUCAAAGAACUAAGACAAAAGAAUGUUUUUGGCUAAACUAUACAUGUAGGAUGCUUCUGCAAUCAUAAGUACCAAAUUUUCUUGCAAGUUUGCUUUGGAAUCGUAGUUUUUAUCUUAUUCUCUGAUUAUUGUAUGAGGUAGAUAACCAAUUCCUCACUGCAAGAUAAGUUCAUGAUUUAGAAAUCCAAGAAUACAAAUUGGAGAUUUAUUCUA